GGUGUUAGCUGGCCCUGAUUCUUUCAUGUCUGGAGUUCCCCUGUUUUCAGAGUGUUGCUUUUUAUUUACAGUCCAGAUUUUAGAGUUCUUUAAUACUGGUAGCUAGAUUUUGUUCAUUUUCAUGGUUUCCUCCUUUCUGUUGAAAUUGUCCACAUGCUUGUGAAUUUCAGUGGCUUCUCUGUGUAGUCUGACAUGGUGGUUGUGAGAGUGGUCCAGCAUUUUUGUGUUGUCAAAUAAUAUGCUGUGUCCAGGUUGGUUCAUCAAGUGCUCUGCUAUGGCUGACUUCUCUGGUUGAGUUAGUCUGUUGUGCCUUUCCUGUUCCUUGAUUUGUGUUAGGACGCAGUAUUUUUUGGUCCCUAUGUAGACUUGUCCACAGCUGCAUGGUAUACGGUAGACUCCUGCAGAGGUAAUAAUAAUAAUAGUAAUAAUAAUAAUAAUACUCUGAUUAUGGUGGAUCUUUCUUGUCCUUGCAAGAGGAAUGUCAGAUGAUUGAAUAGUAAUGGAUGUAAAUAUCUGUAUCUGAGUUCAGUAUAUGCUGGACAGUCAAUCAAAAAUGUUCGAUAUUUUCCACUAUUUGAUCUCCCCAAACACAAAAUUUCUCACUUCUUGGGAUGUUGCUGUAGCGACCAGUUUGCAUCAUAAUGCCGAUUUGUUCAAACCUAGCGCUGCAGUGGUGAGAGGAUCCGUCUUGUCCUUUGCUGAAUGUAGCAUUUCUUGGAUUUUCUUAGGGGGUCUGUAGAUAAGUUUGUAGGUUGUGUUUCUUCUUCAGCUUUCCUUCGCAAUCAAUGGUUUCCUUGAUGUACGAAAACCUCAGCACAGAAGUUGGCCUCAUAGAGUUGAUUGGGGAUCCACCACCAGAACAAAUAACCAAAGUAUAUGGCCCAGACAACAGCCCCGGCUAUGUGUUUGGACAGGAUGCUAACACAGGGCAAGUGGCACGCUACCAUCUUCCCAGCCCUUUUUACAGAGACUUCUCACUCUUGUUCCAUGUCCAGCCCACAACAGAGAAACCAGGAGUGCUUUUUGCCAUAACAGAUUCCUCACAAUCAAUCAUCUAUGUUGGUGUGAAGUUAUCAGAGGUGAAAGAUGGGAAGCAACAGAUCAUCUUCUACUACACAGAGCCUGGAUCUCAGAACUCCUAUGCCGCUGCCACGUUUCUAGUGCCCUCAAUGGUCAAUCGUUGGACACGCUUCGCCAUCAGUGUGGAAGAUGAAGAAGUGGUUCUUUAUGUGGACUGUGAGGAAUUUGAGCGGGUCCAUUUUGAACGAUCACCUGAUGAGAUGGAACUGGAAGAUGGCUCAGGGCUUUUUGUGGCACAAGCUGGAGGAGCUGAUCAUGAUAAAUACCAGGGCGUAAUUGCAGAACUGAAAGUGAAAGGAGAUGCUCGAGCAGCUGAGCUCCAGUGUGAGGAAGAUGAAGAUGAUUCUGAUAUGAUGUCUGGAGAUGGUGGAAGUGGAAUUGAAGAAAAGCCUCGAUUACCAGAAAAGGCAAGGGUAACUCCCGUAGUCUCAGGCCUGCCAGUGCCUCCACCUGUGACUUCUCCUCCCAUUGCCAAAACGCCCACAGAACAAGAAGAGAAACCCCAUUUACAUACAGAUAUUGCUGAGCCAAAAGAGAAGUCACCAUCUGCUGCAGGAGUGGGAGCCAAAGGUGAGAAAGGAGAUUCUGGUGAAAAAGGCGAACGUGGCCCCAAAGGGGACUCUGGACUUGGUGGAGUUGUGUCAACAGGUGGUGCCAAAGGUGAAAAGGGAGAAAAAGGAGAUCUAGGUGUUAAGGGAAAUGCAGGCUUCGGAUACCCAGGGUCUAAAGGACAGAAAGGGGAACCUGGUGCUGAAGGUUCUCCUGGCCCUACUGGCCCCCCUGGGCCCCCCGGGACCAUUGUGAAGCACUCCGAUGGCUCUGUGAUAGAGCAGGUUGCUGGGCAGCCAGGACCUACAGGCCCUCCUGGAUCCCCUGGCAAGGAUGGCUUACCUGGAAAAGAUGGAGAACCCGGAGAUCCUGGCGAAGAUGGCAAACCAGGUGAUGUUGGUCCUCAAGGAUUCCCUGGAACCCCUGGUGAACCUGGCCAAAAAGGAGAAAAGGGUGAUCCAGGCGUUGGCGCAAGAGGUCCUCCUGGGCCACCAGGGCCACCUGGAUUCAGUUCCAAAUUGGACAAGUUGACAUUUAUUGAUAUGGAAGGUUCUGGCUUUGGGAGUGAUUUGGAAAACCUACGAGGCCCUAGAGGACCACCUGGCCCACCAGGACCACCUGGAGUGCCUGGCUUGCCAGGACAGCCUGGACGAUUUGGGACGAACGGGACUGACCUUCCAGGACCACCUGGGCUACCUGGAGUGACAGGCAGGGAUGGUAGCCCAGGACUUCCAGGGCCUCCUGGCCCUCCUGGUCUACCAGGAAGAGAUGGGAUCUCUGGACAGCCAGGGUUGAAUGGAGCAAGGGGUGAACCAGGUGAAAUAGGCCUCCCAGGAGCACCUGGACCAAAGGGAGAUGUUGGGCUACCAGGAGAGCCAGGUCAAAUUGGCUUGGCAGGUCUUCCUGGGCCCAUGGGCCCCCGGGGACAGCCUGGCCCCCCUGGUCCUCCUGGCCCAGGUUUCGUGGCUGGAUUUGAUGAUAUGGAGGGCUCAGGGCUACCAUUUGUUUCUGCUGUCCCUGGAGCACGUGGACCAGAAGGGCCACAGGGUCCACCAGGACUUCCAGGACCCAUGGGAGAUCCUGGCACUAUUGGUCUCCCAGGUAUCCCAGGACCAAAGGGACCUUCUGGAUUGCCAGGUCUGGAUGGCCAUCCUGGAUCAGCGGGUUUCCCAGGACCUCAGGGAGAAAAGGGUGACAAAGGGGACCCAGGAACUAAAGGCGAACCAGGUCAAGAUGGAAUAGGACUUCCAGGUCCACCAGGGCUUCCUGGUCCCCCAGGACAAAUCAUCCACCUAUCUGGUGAUAAUACAAACGUACCUUUGUUGCCAGGCCCAGAGGGCAAACAAGGGCAUGCUGGUUUUCCAGGGCCUGUUGGACCAAAAGGUGACAUUGGAUCCCCAGGUUUUCCAGGCUCUCCAGGACUUAAGGGUGACAAGGGAGAACCAGGAGUUAUAAUUGGCCCUGAUGGAACAGUUAUAGCAACUAAUUCAAAAGGAGAAAAGGGUGAAGGAGGCCCAAGAGGACCCGUGGGACCAUUAGGGCCACCUGGGAGGCCUGGGCAGAAAGGAGAAAUUGGCUUUCCUGGAAGACCUGGUCGACCCGGUAUGAAUGGGCUGAAAGGAGAGAAAGGUGACCCUGCUGAUCCCAGUGGAGGGUUGGGUGUAAGGGGUCCUCCAGGGAUUCCUGGCCCUCCUGGCCCACCAGGUCCUCCUGGCACCGUGGUGCCUGUUUAUGACAACAAUGCCUUUGGUGAUGUGGGCCCUCCCGGACCUCCAGGACUGCCUGGCUACCAUGGUGCUCCAGGUCAGAAGGGGGAUAAAGGUGACGUGGGCCCUCCAGGACCCCCAGGCCAGUUUCCUUAUGAUUUCAGCACAUUUGAUUCUCCCUUUUGGGGAGAAAGAGCAGAGAAAGGGGAAUCUGGAGAGAAAGGUGAAAAAGGAGAGCCAGGAGGUGGAGGAUUAUUUGGACCAGGAGCUGCUGGACUUCCGGGUCACCCAGGAUACCCUGGUCCUCCGGGCCCUAAAGGAGACAGUGUUAGGGGUCCUCCUGGCCCUCCAGGACCCCAAGGACCUCCUGGCGCAGGAUUUGAGGGUCGCCCAGGGCCUCCAGGACCCCCAGGUUCUCCUGGCCCCCCAGGCCCUCCAUCUUUCCCAGGACCCCACAGACAAGCUAUCAGUAUUCCAGGCCCACCUGGCCCACCAGGGCCACCAGGACCUCCAGGCAGUAACGAUGCAUCCUCUCCAUCUGGGCCACAGAUUCUGCCAACCUAUCAAAGCAUGAUGAGCAGAUCUCAUGAAGUUCCAGAAGGGCAACUCAUUUUUAUCCGGGAUAGAGAAGAGCUCUACAUCCGUGUUCGCAAUGGUUUCAGGAAAAUCCUUCUUGAGGAAAGAAUAUCGCUCUCUGGUCCUGGGCUGGACAAUGAGGUGUAUGAUAGGCCUUCCAGUGUCCACCAUUCACAUGGAGACACAGCAUCCUCUGGAUCUCAGCGCACAUUCCAGCAACAUUUGCCUGUGCAUUCACAGUAUAGCACUUACUCCACCGCCAAGCCCUGGAGAGGGGAUGAAGGGGCCAUCAAUCAGCACCGCCUUCCUGAGCAACCUGCCAUCCAACAACCUCACCAUGGCGCCCAUCACCAACAAGAGCCACUGAAUGCUUUCUUUCACCAGCCCGAGCCUGCGCCUUCUGCUGUCCACACUCACCAUGACUUCCAACCUGCUCUCCACCUUAUCGCUCUGAACACUCCCUUGAGUGGCAGCAUGCGGGGCAUCCGGGGAGCAGACUUCCAGUGUUUCCAGCAAGCCCGGGAGGUUGGAUUGACGGGUACUUUCAGAGCAUUCCUCUCCUCUCGCCUGCAAGACCUCUACAGCAUAGUGCGUAGAGCUGACAGGAGCACAGUGCCUAUUGUCAAUCUCAGGGAUGAAGUGCUGUUUAAUAAUUGGGAGAACCUCUUCUCAGGCUCUGAGGCUUCAUUCAGAACUGGAGUUCGGAUUCUUUCCUUUGACGGAAGGGAUGUCCUAAGAAACCCUGCAUGGCCUCAGAAGUAUGUCUGGCAUGGCUCUGAUUCCAAGGGACGACGGCUAACAGAGAACUACUGUGAGACAUGGCGGACGGAUGACACAGUGGUGACAGGCCAGGCUUCUUCGCUGGCAUCGGGCAAGCUGCUAGAACAGAAGAGCAGCAACUGCAAAAAUGCCUAUAUCGUCCUCUGCAUUGAAAACAGCUUCAUGACUUCUUCCAAAAAAUAAAAGCACACAUACACACACACACUUGGAAGCGCUGACUGCAAGUGGAGGAUGGGAACCCCAAUGUUUCCUUUAAGGAGCGGGGAAUGAGCCACGGUCCCCUUACCCCCCAAUCAGGAUAAUGUCUCCAGCCAGCCCCACCAAGCAGAUAAACCAAGCAAAAAAGCCAAAGAGUGACUUCCUAUGAUUCCCAGUGCAGCUCUGGUGCUGAAUGUUUAUGUAUUGUUUGUUUAUGUGUUCCUCUUGGCAAGGCUGAAUACCAGUGUACAAGCCUGCUGGGAGGGAAAGGGCAGAAUAGGCUUGUGAAUGCAAAGCAAUCUCCAGGCAAGUGUGCCACACAAAAUACCCCCUCCCCCCUUUAACCUUUGAAUUGGCUUGGAUUCCUGUUUCUGUUUCCCUCUCUUCCUUUCCGUUCUAUAACUACUACUAUGAAAAAAGAAAACCAAGACCAAGUGGGACAUGCCAGAAAUUCUAUUUAUUUGGAGUUGACUUAACAGAAAAUGGUUUCUGGGAAGCAGAGAGCUGGGUGAUGGGGUGAAUGCUCUUUGGAGCCCAUAACUGUGGGCACAGCCUGCAGGAGAAGGGCCCCACAGCUAGGCACUUGUGGCAGCUUUUGCCUUUAUUUUUUAGAAGUGUGGUGCUCAAGGACAUAAACUAGACCCUGCUGGACAUGGCCAUAGUUAAAAGGCUUUUCUGUGUAUGUGUAGGACACAUAGCUAAAAAUGAGGUGGGAUCACCAGACUAUCCCUAGUGAUCCUUCUGAGAGUAACCACUAUAUGCAAUGUGUUUACAAGACAGCCUCCCCAACUAUCCGCCACUGCCUAACUCACAAGCUGGCUCAACUGUUUACUCAUGCAUUACUAUCUCCAUAGUCUGCUUACAAUUUCCGUUGCUGAACUGAUGCUAUCCUCUGCUGAGAUGACAUGCCCAGAGCAAGGGGGUGAUGGCCAGAUGUUACACUGCACACAGUUCUCCCCCUUUUCACUUCUCCCUAACUUCACUUUGUCUUAGCUUUGCAGGUGAGCCAGAGAUAUUAAAUGUUAUGGACUGACAGGUGAUUUUACCAAGAUGUUUUCCUUAUGGAUCCAGGAGAGAAACUAAAAUGGUGCAAAAUUUCUGUUAAAAGAAUUAAUUUUGAUUUUUAAAAAUCUUUUAAAAUUUUUUAGAGACAAUGUCACACUUUACUUGACAAUUUCAUAAUGAACGAGCAAGUAUAAAAGCUUUGCCAAAGAGUGCAACUACUAGCACCCUGUCUUUUGACCUCACAGGAGUGACUGUGCCGGAGUGGCCAAGCUGCAUGUGUUGCAUGUAUAUGGCCCUUCUGCCUUAAAAGAAUCAACUAGCUGUCACUGCAAAAGGUCUACAUUUGGAGAGCUGUUUGGCUUCGUUGACAGAGCCAAAUCUAUGCAGAGGAAGCUGCUUACGAGCGCUCCAACUAUGAUCCUCCAUCUAGGGGUGUCUCAAAUUUUUAAUAAACCUUUGUCUUGAUCUGCACCAGAUCUAAAAUCAUUUAGCAGCUGCUCUCAAAUCAGCAUUAGGCCCAGCCCAAUUGAUAAUCACCUUCCUGACUCCUACCCACCCCCAGCACUGUGGCAGGAACCACUGGGUAAUAAGCCAUUCAGAAUAGCUGUAAAUUCAGCCUCUCUUCCAAAUUAUUAAAGCAAAAAGGGUCCAGCAUUGUGUUGGUAUUUUACAGUGAGGGAACAGCUGACAUACAGAUAAUUAACUACAGUCGUGUGCUGUACAGCAUAAAAAGGUGUGUACUUUUGGGGAUUGCAAAUCUCAAACUACAAACAUGGCAGAAGGAUUCUGGGAGCUGGAAUCCAAACAAAACAAAAUAGUACAAUAUUUCCAAGAUCUGAUACAGUACGGAUUUUGGGGGGGGGGGGGGGAGAGGGGUGUUCAUAGUCGUAGGCAGGUUCAUAGCCCAGCACCCUUUAACCCCAAAGUGCCAGAGAUCUUUGGUUUUAAGGGCCCUACUGUGACUGAAUGCCUGAGAUCUACACAGCACAGCCCAUCCACCACUUCAGUGCCAGAAUGCUUCUUGCCUGCCAGUUGUUUUAAACACUAACGUGCAAACCAUUUCAAUUGGUUUUCAGACAGCAAGGUGCUAAAUUUCUAUCGAGCUUUGUUAUUUUCAUUAUUGUAAUGAACUUUUUUUUAUAACGGGGCAGGAGGGAAAAGAAUCUGUGCAAGUCACACAGUCAGUUUCUUACUGUCUACUGUAUUUUGUGAAAUUUCAACACAGUUCGUUAAAAGCCUAUGGGACUCUAUAUCUUUUUGUCAGUUGUGUGUUGUGUUCUAUAAACUGUUUUCUAAAGGCACUGAAUAAAGGAAAGUAUUCUCUUUUAAA